CCCAUGUCUCCAUCCAGACCAGUCAAUCCAUAGCUCCAUACUCGUCGCACUUAGCACUUAGCACGCCUCGCCUAAGCCAGAGGUUGCCAGCCAUGGACGAGGAGUUCUCGCCGCUCUCGCCGUCCCUCUUCCUCGACCUGCCGCCCACCCCGCCCCCCGCCGCCGACGUCGACCUCGACUUCAUCUCGCGCAUGCUCAUGGAGGAGGAUAUCGACGACAAGUUCUUCUACCAGUACCCCGACCAGCCCGCCAUCCUCGACGCCCAGCGCCCCUAUGAGCAGAUCAUAUCCGACACCACCACCACCUCCUCCGGCUCGCCGAACGGCACCACCUCCUCCGACGGCAACGCCGCCACGUCCUCCUCCGAGGAGACCAACAACUCGAGCUGGCCCUACGACCCGCUCGAGCUCUCCCAGCUCCUCCGCUCCCCGCCCUACCUCGACGACAUGCUGUUCGGCGGCCUCGUCCCCGACUCCCCCGCCGACGAGGAUGCCAGGGACUCGUUCCUUGCUGACGCACCGGCUGCGGGGUUCCAGCAGAGUCCGGCGCAAUUCAAGGGCGCGGCCGACUGGGCCGGCGCGUUCUCCGGCCAGAACGGCGGUAGCCCGGGCACCCAGAGUUCGGCGGUCUUAAAUGGCCCGGCGGAGGAGAAGGGGGCCGAGCGGAAGCCGGCGAUGUUUUCCGCUGGCGACGGUGGCCAGGGCGGGCUGCUCUCGGCCUUCUUCAGCAACGGCGGCGACAUGGACAUGCUCAACUCGGCCUUCCUCAAGGGCAUGGAGGAGGCCAACAAGUUCCUGCCGACCAACAACACCCUCCUCGAGGCCAUCCCCGGCAAGGAGCGCGGCUUCACGGUGAAGAAGGACGAGGUGGCGAAUGGGACACCGACGUCCGGCAAUGGCCGGGGCCGCAAGUACAGGUACGACGAGGACGACCUGGAGGCGGAGACCGCCAGGAGCAGCAAGCUGAUGAUGCCGGACAACGAGGAGACCGGCGCGCGCGAGAUGUUCGACGAAAUAAUGCUGGAGGGGUACGAGACGUGCAUGCAGGGGAUAGAGGAGCUGCGCCUCGCCAUGGACAGCGAGGCCAAGAAGAAAAACGGGAAGGCGGCGCGCGGGAAGAAGAGUGAGGCGGUCGACCUGCGCACCAUGCUCAUCCACUGCGCUCAGGCCGUGGCCGCAGGCGACCGCCGGGGCGCGACGGAGCUGCUGAGGCAGAUCAAGCAGCACUCCGGGCCGACGGGAGACGCCACGCAGAGGCUGGCGCACUGCUUCGCCGAGGGGCUGGAGGCGCGGCUGGCGGGCACGGGGAGCCAGGUCUACCAGUCGCUGGUGGCCAAGCGCACCUCGGUGGUGGAGUUCCUCAAGGCCUACAAGCUGUUCAUGGCGGCGUGCUGCUUCAAGAAGGCCAACUUCGGGUUCGCCAACAAGACCAUCCUGAACGCCGUGACCGGGAAGCCGCGGCUGCACAUCGUGGACUUCGGGGUGCAGUACGGGCUCCAGUGGCCGGGGCUGAUGCGGUGGCUGGCGCAGAGGGACGGCGGGCCCCCGGAGGUGAGGAUCACGGGCAUCGACCUCCCGCAGCCCGGGUUCCGCCCGGCGCGCCAGGUCGAGGAGACAGGCCGCCGGCUCAGCAGCUGCGCCCGCGAGCUGGGCGUGCCGUUCAAGUUCCACGGCGUCGCGGCCAAGUGGGACACCGUGCGCGCCGAGGACCUGCGCAUCGACCCGGAGGAGGUGCUCGUCGUGCACUGCCAGUGCGGCCUCCGGAACCUGAUGGACGACAGCGUCGCGGUGACCACGAGCAGCUCCAGCCCGAGGGACGUGGUGCUGCGGAACAUCCGCGACAUGAGGCCCGACGUGUUCGUGGAGUGCGUGGCGAACGGCGGCUACGGCGCGCCCUUCUUCGUGACGCGGUUCAGGGAGGCCAUGUUCUUCUACUCGGCGCACUUCGACAUGCUGGACGCGACCAUCCCGCGGGACAACGACGUGCGGCUGCUGAUCGAGCAGGACCUCAUCGGGCCGGGCGCGCUGAACGUGAUCGCCUGCGAGGGCGCGGACCGGGUGGAGCGCCCGGAGACGUACCGGCAGUGGCAGGCGCGGAACCGCCGGGCGGGGCUCCGGCAGCUGCCGCUGGACCCGGAGGUGGUUGGGAUGGUGAGGGAGAAGGUGAGGGAGCACUACCACAAGGACUUCCUCAUCGACGUGGAUCACCAGUGGCUGCUGCAGGGGUGGAAGGGCAGGGUGCUCUACGCUCUCUCCACAUGGGUCGCUGACGAUAAUAGCUAGUAUAAAGUCUUUCUUUUGUGUGUUAUUACCAACAGAGAUCUAUGGUUCAGUGGACUGCCGUUUCAAAUAAGUAGAGAUGCAACAAGAAUACUACUCCCUCCUUUCAUUUAUAUAGGGCCAAAUGCGUUUUUCAAAACCAACUUUGACUAUUGACAAGAUUAAUAGUACAUCAGAUGUAUAAUGUGAAAAUUAUAUUAUUGAAAAAUCCUUUCACAUAUGAAUUUGACCGUAUACUUCGUGUAAGUUGCAUGUCAUAUAUUAUUACUCUAACAUUUGGUCAAAGUUAGCCUCGAAAAUCGCAUUAGACCGGAAGGAGGGAGUAUGUAAAUUAGAUGCUUAUUAGAGAUGUAAUAGCAUUUGUUUAGGCAUUUAUUUAUGGACAUUGCUCCAGAGCUGCGCUAAUGUACUGCAAAUGAAGAACCCUGGUUUUGUUGUCCUUUUGUA